AUGUACUACACGUUGAGAAAUAUUCCCGUCGAUAUCAACACCAAAACAUUGUGGUCGCAACGACACAUGACGUGACGCCAAACGAAAGUAUGCAUUCGUGCACAACAAAGGCCCGUUGAAAACCACUCUCAAUAUGAAUUCCGGUUGUGUUGAAGAUACAACUUGAGCUGGUCGGAAAGAGUAGAUUUUCCUCAGUUUGAGUUAUUUACACUGUUGCUGUGCUGCUGGUUUCAGUGCAUCAAUAUAAAGAAAAAUGUCAGUCACAACACAAACUCCACCAACACAAGAAGACGCAGACGACAGCUUUGUGUCGAUCAGCCUAGAGAGCAGCGAGUCAUGUGGCAUCUGUGGACUGGACACGGGUGAACAGCUAGCAUCGUCAUGCAAACUGUGCCACCUGAGUUCGACACGACAACCCGUUCAAAAGGGGUUCAACAAGAUGCCGGACGUGUUACAUGCGGGGAUAGCUGCUCACGAAAGUUGCCUUGCCAAAUCACACCAGGUCCUUGCGCAGGCUGGACGGCGCCCCUACCAGCACAGUCCCUUGCCCCACCGGCGGGGCAUCAGCGUGCCAAGUGAUUUCCCCACCCUCGGGCUGCAGGACACCAUCGGGGACAAGCUCCAGUGGAUCAUCAAUUACGCUAAGAACGAGGACUUAAGAAACCGGCAGAACCUGCUGCAGGUCCACAGCAACCCCUGCACGCGCUCCAGCAGCCCCAUCAUCUUCAGGGCGCUGACGGAGGACGCCCUCUUGAGACGGCAUAGUGAGAACAGCCUGGAUACUAGUUUUGUUGAACUGAGGAAGAGCUAUUCCCGGUAUCUCUACGGCACGAGCAGCAUCACCAAGUCGCACAGCAACGAUAACGUGGGAUGCAAAACAGGAUCUUGCCCGACCAUCAGUGUCGACAGCAAUCCUGAACCAAAGACUGACACCCCAGUGCCUUAUGUUGGAAACGUGAAAAGUCCAACAAAGUCACCUAGAAAGGCUUCGCUGCAGAGCACACGUCAAGACAGUACAAGUCCUAUUAGACAAAGCAAAGUUCAUGAAUUGACGGACAAUAAUAAUGACAGCAAAUUUUCCGAAGGAUCAAAAUCAGACUCACUGACUGUUCCUGAUGCUGAAAAGGAGAAAGUGAAGCAGGACGUGAGAUUUGAGAGCCAGCGAUGGAGCAACAAACAGAAAAUGGACAGGCAACAAUUGAACAGCAUGAGCGGAGCCCAAAUAAAGGCAGUGGUUUCCAGACUGGAGGGGCUCAUCAAAGACAUCUCUGUAGAGCUGGUGGAGCUCCUCCAGGAGCGAGACUCCCUGGGCCAAGAGGUCAAAGUUCGCAACCUGACCAUCCAGAAGCUGGUCAAGAUGAAGCACAGUCAGCAGGACGCGCCGAUCAAAACGACCGGUGCUGGUAACAUAUGAUACUACAUCGUACAUGUACCGGUACUGUUAAAACUCCCCUGCAGAGAAUUUAGGAGAAGAACCAACCAAGUACCAAGUACCAAAUACUUGGGCUUGGGCAACUGUGACAUAUUUGGAUUUGGGAGUCAAUUCCGAUUGCAUAUUCCAGGAUUGUGAAAACCUCUUUAAAGGGAAGAUACAACAUUUGCAAACAUCAAAAAACAAAAUUAUCACGACAUACCUUACUGGAUGGUUAGGGAAUGACAGUUUAAAGCAUCUGGUAAAAUC